AUGACAACUCAUUUAUCUUAUAUGACAUCAAUUUCUACUCCAGAAUCACAAUAUGUCGUCUCUACACCUACUCCUUUGUACUCAAUUUCACCAUCUAAAAUUUUCCGACAAGAUGUUCCUUCAUCAUUAGCAUAUAAAUCAAAUAUCUCUUUCAAAUCCACCUCAUCACUUCUUCCUCCUCCUAUUAAAAAUAUUACGAAUCAACAUUGUAAGGCACCAUCUAAAGCGUCUGCAAAAUCAUCAUUAAUAUCUCAAUACCCACCGCCACCAACAUUUUCUAAAAAUGACUUUACAAUGCGUUCUUCAGCAUGCAUAAUAAAUGAUAAAGAAAAUAUGGGGCCAAAUAAUGCUUUAAUAUCGAAUACAAAAUCUUCUAAAAUUUCUUCACGUCAAGAUUUACAUGAAUUUUCAAAAAAUACAUCAUUACCAAUACAAAAUAUCGUAAUUCCUGAACCACAUGAAAUGCCUUUAAUUGAAGAUGAUGGACAAAAACCUCCUUAUAGUUAUGCAACAUUAAUAGGGAUGGCUAUUUUACGUGCUCCUCAACGUAGAUUAACAUUAUCUGCUAUUUAUAAUUGGAUUUCUCAAACCUUCGAAUAUUAUUGUAAUAAUGAUUCUGGUUGGCAAAACAGUAUUCGACAUAAUCUUAGUCUUAAUAAGGCCUUUGUCAAACAAGAACGACCUAAAGAUGAACCCGGAAAAGGUAAUUAUUGGACUAUUGAACCUGGAUAUGAAUUCCAGUUUAUGAAAGGACGUACUCGUAAAAAUAUAUCAUCAGGAUCUAAACGGCCUACCUUAAUGCCCUCUAUAACAGUCUCUCAUAUUGAUAAAAAACGAUCUUUUGCUGAAGAUAUUGUUGAGUCAAAUCACGAAACACAGUCUACAAAGCGCUUCAAAACAGAGUGUCAUACUAGUGAGAUAUUAUCAUCAUUAUCGUACCAACAUCAUGAAUCUACUCCUCCAUCAACACAAGAAAAAGCAGAUUUACUCUCUAAUAAAAAUUAUGAAUGCUUUGAUACUCUUCCUCGAUCUCAAACAACUCUUUCUAAACAGAUGCUUUCACAAAAUCAUUUCGAAAACGGUUCUACAACAACAGUAUUAGAUUUUGUUUCUCCACCUAUAUCUCCGCAUCAUGACUCGAUGUUCAGCUCUAUACCUUAUUCUCCAUUAACACCAGAGCCUACAGUACAAACAACUUCAACAUUAUCUACAUCUAGCCCAGCAACAUGUUUACGUAAACAUAGAGAUCAUAUUAUUAAAUUAUUAAAAACUCCAGAAAAUAGUCAGGCUUUUGUCGAAGAAGAUCUUUGGGAAAAUGGAGGUAUCAAUGGUAAUUCUCAAAGUCAUAAUACAUUUAUUUUUGAAGAAGAUGAUAUCAUAUCUAAAGCAUGUUUUGGCAGCCCUGACAAGCGUGAAGCUAGACGUCGAGAAAUUAGAAGAAGUUUAAUUUCCGGAUUAAAUAGUAAAGAACUUUAUGCUGUAGAGGGUGUUUCAGAAGUUAUUGAUGUUUUUGGAAUUGAUAUAGUUAGUAUUGUUCGUCGGGAAAUUGAACGCAUUAAACAAAGCGGGGACUCUACAAUAUCUGGGACUACGACUCUUGAAAAAUGUCUUGCAUAA